GUGUAUACGUUGAGCAGCCGGUCGCCACAGUCGAACGCGCCACCUCGUGACGCCAGUAACUGCUGAACCCGCGGGUCCUCUUCAUCGAAAGUGCGGUGCUUUUUUUUUUGUGUUUAAUUUAUCGUCUUUUGUUUUUGGCCUUUUUUCUUCCGGCAAGUGGACAGCUCAACAGCUAAAAAGACAAUUUCAGUGAUUAGACUCUUUGUCGUUUUGUUUUUGUUUUUUGUUCUCUGUUGGUAGGCGUAUUGCCAUCGAUUUCAGUUAUUGUGUUCCAUCAUGGAAUUGGACGUCGUUGCAAUCAUCAAGUGAUCAUCACAGUCCAUUAAAAAGAAAAUUUCAACUGAAUAAGUUUCUAUCACUUCCAUUGAGAUCGCAUGCAAACGAACGGACUUUGCAAACGAGCUGAGUCUUUCUCUCUCUGGAAGGAGAUAGAGAGAAGAACGAUAUAAACGACACACAAACUCAAACAAAGAUGGAUGAAGAGGCUGAACAACAGCUGACCGCCGAAUUAGCUAACAGCACACCGGGACAACAGCUGGACGGUACGACGACGGGAUCAUCGCCCGUCAACCAGCAACAACGACGCUCGUUGGCUUCCCUUUUAUCCAUCAAACGUGAAACUAGGAGGCCCAAGACACCGUCAGUUGUCGUUACAGACGAAACGACUCACCUGUCGGAAUUGACGUCCAUUCCUGCCGGAAGAAUCAGUCUCAGUUUCAAGAACAAGAAUAAAGGGCUGGCUGCUGCCAGCGGUGAUAAUGCGAGUCGUGGUCCAACAACGGCUGUCAAUGGAGGUACUCUCGAGAGCAUCGUAGCUCUCGAGGCAGCAGAGACGACGGCAGCUACGACUGCCCCCAAUGACGUCACUACGUCAUUAACAGUACCAGUAGAUGCAACAGGAACAGCUACGACGGGUUCGACCGGUUCUUCACCCCCAACGCCUGCCACUACACCUCAAUCGUCAUUCCUACGUCGCUGUUGUCACGAACGCGUGCGCAAAUCGAUAUGGGGUGUCGUGAUUAUGUGCAGCGUGUCGGCAGCUUGGGUGGGCGCUACCCAUCUACUCAAAUCCACUUUCCGCACCGUCCAUCACGUGGCCGCAGUCUUGGUCGUCCAGCCCACGGACGACAGCGACGCCAACCAUUCAACCGUAACGCCGACGGUAGCCGCCACCAGCGCCAUCACUACCCCCAUUUACUUCGACCUUUAUCAUCACAGUUUCGAUGAUUCUGGAGAACAUCAACAAGAGCCAGAGAAACCGCUCGGCGAAGAGUACACGUACAGCGCGUCAUUUUUCAGCACCUGGACCAUGACGGCCUGGACGUCGCUCUUCUUGCCGCUCUACGCUAUUUGUUGCCUGUUUAGCGGGCGAUUCGGGCCGCGCCAAUUGGCCGCCGAGCUCAGAGACUCCGUCCUGGCCUUCCGAGACAAAGGCUUCACAUUAGGGACUUUUAUCGGACGCUGCUGCCUCUUUUGUCUCCUCUGGGUCGUAACUAACUGGAUGUACAUGUACGCGCUGAGCGUGCUGGACGCGACGGAUGUCAUGGCCCUCUUCGCCACCAACGUCUCUUUCGUCUACCUCUUAUCUUGGGUCGUCCUCCACGAUCAGUUCGUCGGGUUACGAAUCGUGGCAGUUAUCCUGUGCAACACGGGCAUAGCCCUGCUAGCUUACAUGGACGGUAUAACGCGAUCUCCUACCCUGGGCGGGGUCGUAUUGGCAGCCGCCGCAUCCGCCGGAUCCGCAGUUUACAAAGUGUCGUUCAAGAGGAUUUUCGGCGAAGCGACUUACGGCCAGGUGUCGUUCUUCUUCUCGUUGAUUGGCCUCCUCAACAUCAUCUUAUUGUGGCCCGUCGUUUUGUUGUUGCACUUUACCGGGCUCGAGGCCAUUACCUGGAAUCGAGUGCCUUGGAUCCCGCUGGCCAUCGCUGGAUCGCUCUCUCUCGCGGCUAACUUGCUGGGCAACUUUGGACCGGCUCUAACCUACGAGGUCUUUAUUCAUCUUGGUCUGGUAUUGGCCAUUCCCGUCUCUGCAGUGUUGGACGUCAACCUCAACGGAGUCGUGUUCGAAGGCAUGAAACUGGCCGGCACCAUCAUGAUUGUCAACGGAUUCCUAUUGGUCCUCUUGCCGGAGAACUGGCCCGAUUACCUAACACGCCUGCUCAGAUGGGGCAGACACUUGAAUCAUCAUCCAGGAUUGCCGACAACGGCACCUGUCGAUCUUAGGACGGGUUACAUCAGUCGUUCUCACUUGCGGUCGCCAUCGGGUAGAGUCAGAUGACUGUCAAAGGUGAAAAGUAGUGGUGGACGAGCUCUUUCAUCUCCGUGUUUAACAUCGCAGAGACGCACGUCCUUUCCGACGGACACAGGCAACGAAAGAAAAAUGACGUGAAAUUGUUUAAAAGGGAAGAAAAAAAAUCGUCCAUUUCAUUCAUACAUGUCAUGUGCAAAUCACUACGCCCAUCAAGGGUUUUCUGAUUUUUAAAAUUUGUACUUUUGGGUUGAAUUUAGUGCGAAAUUCAUCUCGAAUCGAUUUAUACGUUCGUCAAUUGCGAUCGAUAAAUAUUUGGCCGUUAGAUGGCUGUAUCGUCUGCAUUUUUGUAAAUCCCGCGAUUAGUGUUUCAUUCUACUAUUAGAUGGCGUUCGCGUUCCAAUGUGUAGCAAUAACAGGUAAACCAUAAGCCAAAGGGAGAAAAAAAAAGAAGAUUAAAAUUAAGAAACGCAAGCAAAAAAAAAAACAAAAAAAAACAAAAAAAAACAAAAAAAAAAAUGAGUUAAAUCUACCCCCUUAAAAGGUGUAAAUACAUCGACGUUUUAUCGUUUAAUGUUGUUGCUGUUAGCUGUACGGACUGAAAUCUAUUGUACGCCAACAUUUCUGAGGUCGUCCAGGGAAAUCCCCCCGAUCGAAAAAAAAAGAGAUAAACAUGAAUGAAUCCCAUUUGAAUUUUUAUAAGUAGAUUUCUACUGACGAUAAUCAUUACCUCUAUUUUUUUGUGAAAAAUGCAGCACGAUAUUUGAUCAAACCAAAGACGCUACACAUAACAGUGGAGGGAGAAACAAUUCAAAAAUAACAUUGCCGUGCCAAAAAGAAAGAAGAGAAACGAACGAAAGGACAAACACAGAGCUCGAUAUAUUAGUUUUAAUCUAAAAUUAAUCCAUUCGAAUUAUGUAAAAGAUGACUGAAAUACAAUGUUUGUUUAGUUUUUUC